AUGUAUAUCCAUUUAAAGACACGUAUUAAAACAGUAAGUAACCUGGGGAAUAUUUUUUUAAAAAAAGGGAAUAUAAUAAAGGGAAAAAAAUGGUGUAAUGAUGCCCCUUUUGUUGAUAAUGCGAUAAAGACUGAAAUCUUCUCAACUAGUCAUGGUUUUUAUUUUUUUAAUGAAUCCUUUAUAAAGCUCUUUACGAAAAACAGGAAUAAAAUUACGUACGAAAUGAGAAGAGAUAGAGGAGGGACCAUAAGAAAGAAAUUAAGCAGAGAAAAAAAGAAAACACAGAAAAAACAAAAAAAGGAUAGUUCUAAGGAUGUGUACUAA